UCUCUCUCUCUUUCUCUCUCUCUCUAAACUCCGAUUCGUCAUUUUAAUUUUCCGAUCACUCUCCGAAACCCGAAAUUUCCGUUAACUUCAAAACCGUAAACUCUCUACACGGUUUUUUCUUUUGUUACUGAAUUCUAAACUCGCUAUCUAAAUUCACGACUCUAAAUUUUUUUUUUUUUUUUUUCAGAAAAAAAAAAAAAAGGUUUGAAUUGAAGAAAAUUACCUCCAAGGUCCAUCAAUGGCCGACUCGGACAACGAUUCCGGCGGUAGGGGCGGAGGGAGCGGCUCGGCCAAUGAGCAGUCGCCGCGUGAGCAGGACAGGUUUUUGCCGAUCGCCAACGUGAGCCGGAUCAUGAAGAAGGCGCUCCCUGCGAACGCGAAGAUCUCCAAGGACGCGAAGGAGACGGUGCAGGAAUGCGUGUCGGAGUUCAUCAGCUUCAUCACCGGCGAGGCCUCAGACAAGUGCCAGAGAGAGAAGCGGAAGACGAUCAACGGCGACGAUUUGCUCUGGGCGAUGACGACGCUUGGGUUCGAGGACUACGUGGAGCCAUUGAAGGUUUACUUGCAGAGGUUCAGAGAGAUGGAAGGAGAGAAGACUGUGGCGGCGCGUGACAAGGACGUCCCCGGUGGCGCCUCGUCGGUGACUGUGAGUGUGGGUUUGGGAAAUGGAAGUGAUGUUUAUGGAGUGAGUAGUAGUAGUACUAGUAGUGGGAUGGGGAUGAUGAUUCAUCAAGGACACGUGUAUGGCUCUGGUGGGUUUCAUCAUAUGGCGGGUGGCGGUGGUGGCAGUAACAGCGGUGGUUUAAGUGGACCCAGCUACGUAGGACUCGGGUCCAAUACAGGUCGAUCAAGAUAACUGCGAUAACAUGUGUAUUUAUCGGAGUAAUGCUAGGGACAUAAUUUGCCACACGUAGUGAGUUGUGAUUGAUAAAAGUAUGUCCUCACAUAGUCUACCAUCACUCUUUUACUAAUUAUAACUCGUCACGUGACAAGUAGUGGCACAAAAUUAUAGUAAAUUAUGUAUUUCUAUUAUUACUUGUAUUUAACGUUCCUUCCAUAUAUAUGUAUAAUUUUUAUGCAACGAGUCUAGGUUUGUCGAACUUGGAUACAAUAGAAGUUGAUUCAGAUCA